AUGCUCUUCACCGAUCCAGUCGCAGUGUCCUGGGCACUUGUGACCACAUGCGUGCUAGGCUUGUUGCGGCUGUAUUCUUUGUGGCUGAGCAACCCUCUCAAGCAUAUUACAGGUCCAUGGUACACCCGCAUCACCCAUUACAUGCUCAAGUGGCAAACCACGAUCGGCCGACGGAUGUAUUACGUCCACUCUCUCCAUGAAAAGUACGGCACCGUUGUACGAAUCUCGCCGUAUCAGGUCGCAAUCUCAGAUCCCGACGGCUUUGUUGCGAUCCAUCGUAUCGGUUCUGGCUUCCUAAAAUCGCCAUGGUAUGAAAAAUUCGUUGGAGAUUCAGGCGUCGGAAUUGGCGUCUUUGCUACAGUCGACCCAGUGAAGCACGGCGUGAUGCGAAGGCUUUUCUCUCGCGCCUUUUCCGCCACCAGUCUUCGAUAG